CUGCCAAACAAGGACAAAGCAUCUUCGAUAAUCGAACUCGCUCUUGACUCGUUGACAAAACUCUGUCAGUCUGGAUCGAUCUCGAACCUCGAAUCUGCAAACCUUCUCUACCGCCAGGUCAUCAGUCAGCGUGGGCGCCUGAAUGACAAACAUGCGGCUGCCAUAUAUGGGCUCGCCGAAGCUCGUGUUUCACGCUGGUUUCAUAGUCGACAGACUGGGGAUUUGGAUGAAGCAGUGUCCACAUUUCGGGACUGCCUCCAAUUCCCGCUUACUGUCUAUUCUGAUCGACCACAACUUCAAUCUAGACUUUGCGCAUGUCCGGUCACAAAAUUUCUUGCGACAGGGCAGCCCCACUUCAUCACCGAGGCAGCGCGUCUGUGUCUUCGGGUCUCAGAACGAUAUAACCAGGGUGCAGAAGCAUUGUAUUUGGCGCAGCAAGCCGUGGGGCGAUUCAAGCAUACGACCCAAACUGGAGACCUCGAGAAGGCUAAUUCAAUGUGUCGAAAGGGUCUCAUGCUUCUCCCUACCCCACAUCCCGAUCGGUCUUCCUAUGUGAACAGCCUUGGAAGCGCAUUCAUGGUGCGAUUCAAGCAGAGUGGCCAGGCGGUAGACCUCGAAGAGGCCAUCUCGCUUUACCGAGAGACUCUCAUCCUCUGCCCUGCCAUACAUCCUAUUCGUUCACAGACAGGACAGGUGGCAGACCUCGAGGAGUGCAUCUCGCUUCACAGAGAGUCUUUCAUGCUCCGCUCUGCCCCGCAUCCCCUUCGUUCAGACUCUUUGAACAAUCUCGCGUCUGCAGUCAAGACGCGAUUUGAUCGAGCAGGACAGGUGGCAGACCUCGAGGAGGCAAUAUCGCUCCACCGAGACUCUCUCAUCCUCCGCCCUGCCCCGCAUCCCGAUCGUUCGGCCUCUUUGAACAAUCUCGCCAAUGCAGUCCUGACGCGAUUUAAGCAGACAGGACAAGCGGUAGACCUGGAGGAGGCCAUCUCGCUUUACCGAGAAUCUCUCAAGCUCCACCUUGCACCGCACCCCGAUCGUUCAAUGUUAUUGAACAAUCUCGGGAACGCAGUCAAGACGCGAUUUGAGAAGACAGGACAGGUGGCAGACCUCGAGGAGGCCAUCUCGCUUCACAGAGAGUCUCUCAUGCUCCGCUCUGCCCCGCAUCCCCUUCGUUCAGACUCUUUGAACAAUCUCGGAGCGGCUGUCCUGACGAGAUUUCAGCAGACGGGACAGGUGGCAGACCUCGAGGAGUCCAUCUCGCUUCACAGAGAGUCUCUCGGGCUCCUCCCAGCCCCACAUCCCAAUCGUUCAAUAUCAUUGACCAACCUCGGAAAUGCAGUCUUGAUGCGAUUUCAUCGAGCAGGACAGGUGGCAGACCUCGAGGAGGCAAUAUCGCUCCACAGAGACUCUCUCAUCCUCCGCCCUGCCCUGCAUCCCGGUCGUUCAAGGUCUUUGGCCGGUCUCGCCAAUGCGAUCAUAACGCGAUUCUGGCAAACAGGACAGGCGGUAGACCUCGAGGAGGCCAUCUCGCUUUACCGAGAAUCUCUCAAGCUCCGCCCUGCACCGCAUCCUGUUCGUUCAGCGUUAUUGGACAAUCUCGGAGUGGCAGUCAUGACAAGGUUUCAACAGAUAGGACGGGCGGUAGACCUUGAGGAGGCAAUUUCGCUUCACCGUGACUCUCUCACUCUCCGUCCAACCCCACAUCCCGAUCGUUCAAUGUCAUUGAUGAAUCUCGGAAGCGCGGUCAUGGUGCGAUUUCAGCAGACAGGACAGAUGGUAGACCUUGAUGAGGCAAUCUCGCUUUACAGAGGCUCUCUCAUGCUCCGCCCUGCACCGCAUGUUGAUCGUUCCAAGUCGUUGAACAACCUUGGAAUCGCAGCUGCUCAAACGUGGGCUCGCUGUGCAGAUGAACGCAACCAUACAUCUGCAUUGGAAGCAUAUCAGCUGGCCAUUCAAUUAUAUCCUCUGGUUUCUAUGCUCGCCUCAAGUAUCAGUUCUCGCACUCAACUCCUCGCUGACAAACUCGAUCCUCAUCUACCUGCUGAUGCCGCGGCAUGUGCCAUCAGGUUGGGACAACUUGAGCAGGCCGUUGAGCUCCUUGAAGAAGGCAGAGCCAUUUUUUGGUCCCAGGCCUUGCAGUUUAGGACUCCCUUGGAUGAUCUUUGGCAGGCACAUCCGGACCUCGCACACAAGCUUCAAGAUCUUUCGCAAGCUCUCGAAUGGAGUUCAUUCCGCGAUAGCCAGAUGUCUCUCCGUGAGGAUGCACGAGGUGUGGUGACGAUGGAAGCUGAGGCCGCAACAUUCCGCCGACUGCACGAGGAUCGGUUGGCGACCUUGGAGCGAAUUCGGGCCCUGGAAGGAUUCAACCAGUUCCUUUUUCCGCAGAAUAUCGAGUCGUUAAAGAGGGCUGCAGCUCGUGGGCCUGUCGUUCUCCUCAAUGCCAACCUAGCUUCAUGCGAUGCAUUGAUAGUCACGCCAACUGGUGUCCAGCAUGUCCCACUUUCCAUCAACUUGACUGGUCUAGAUAUCGCUACUCUUGCCGCCUCCGUAUAUUCUGCCGCAUCCAAGUCUCGGCUGCCCCAGACGAUUCAAGAUUCCCUCAAAUCCCUAGUGCAAGAAGCGGGAGGCAGUCGUAGUGGUCUCGAUGAAGAGGAUCGCAAACAACGGCCAAGCGCUCAAUCUCGGCCUAAUCGACCUCCUCCCGACAUCUUACGCGACGUCCUGGCAAUAUUAUGGAGAUCGGUGGUACGACCCGUGAUCGUCACUUUGAAGCUGAAGUCAAUCGAGGGUCUUCCACGCGUAUGGUGGUGCCCAACUGGGUUAUUCUCCAUUCUCCCUGUCCAUGCCGCCGGAAUCUAUCACACCACUAUGGGCGACCUCGAGAAUGCAUCGGAGUACAUGAUCUCAUCCUAUACUCCUACUCUGCGAUCUCUACUUGUUCCUCCGCCUAUAAUCAAUAGACAUCCUUUACAGAUGCUGGUCGUCAUACAGCCCGAAACCGAGGGUUACAAUGCUUUACACGGCACCAGAGAAGAAAUGAGACGAAUCGAGCGACAUGUUCCAUCGCCCAGUCUCGUCAAAUUCGGGUCUGUCGGUGCUCCACCAUCAAAUGUUGAAGCUGUUCUUGGACAUCUUCCUCAUGUUUCGAUCGCACACUUUGCAUGUCACGGUGUGCAAGACCGCGACCCGCUCGAGAGCGCACUUCUUCUGAACGAUGGUCGUCUUGAUAUCGCCACCAUCAUGAAGCUGCCUCUCCCGAAUGCUUCGCUGGCUUUUCUCAGUGCAUGCGAGACUGCGCAGGGAGAUCUCAGACAUAUCAAUGAGGCUAUGCAUCUUGCCGCCACGAUGCUGUUUGCUGGAUUCCGCGGAGUGGUCGGCACCAUGUGGUCUAUCGCUGAUCCUGACGGCCCUGUGAUCGCGGACGAAUUUUAUGGCCACCUGUUUCAAGGACAUGAGGAUGGAUCACAGCCCGACUGCACACAAGCUGCUCGAGCACUGCACCUCGCUGUCAUUAAUCUGCGCAAACGGUUCCAAGAGGGGUCCUUUCUACGCUGGGUGCCGUUUGUUCAUUAUGGGCUGUAGUAGAUCGCUCGGGGGUGCAGUUUCGGGUUAUAGGACUCUAUGUUGGUUAUCUCUGUCUGCAGAAUAGGAGUACUUCAUUGUGGAGUCUAUACG